GGCGGCGUCCGUGGGGCAGGGAUGUCUGAGGUGGCUGCCCGGGGUCGCGUGGCGGAGCAGGCGUCCUCACUGUGAAGAUGUUGUCUUGAGCCACUUCCUUCAGUCCCUGAGGAAGCCAUCUCUCAGAACCUUUUCCACAAAUGCCAGGAAAGUCCACACGGCCCCUGCCCGCACCUUGUCCCUGCUGCGCCCCCUGCCCAUUCUGGUCGCCACGGGUGGUGGCUAUGCAGGGUACCGGCAGUACGAGAAGUACCGGGAGCGAGAGCUGGAGAAGCUGGGCUUGGACGUCCCGCCCAAGCUUGCCGGUCACUGGGAGGUUGCACUUCCCUCCGCUGGCCCUGAGGCGGAGGCUGGGACAGCUGAGCUGCAUGUCCAAACCCGCCCUGAAACUGCGCUCCUGGCCCCUGGCGGUCCUCUGCUACCUCCUGCCCCUCGGCGCCCUCAGGCCCCUCAGCCGGGUGGGAUGGAGGCCUGUGAGCAGGGUGGCCUUGUACAAGUCGGUGCCAACGCGCUUGCUGUCGCGGGCCUGGGGCCGCCUCAACCAAGUGGAGCUGCCGCACUGGCUGCGCAGGCCCGUCUACAGCCUGUACAUCUGGACUUUCGGGGUGAACAUGAAGGAGGCCGCUGUGGAGGACCUGCACCACUACCGCAACCUCAGCGAGUUCUUCCGGCGCAAGCUGAAGCCGCAAGCCCGGCCCGUGUGUGGCCUGCACAGUGUGAUCAGCCCCUCAGAUGGGAAGAUCCUCAACUUCGGACAGGUGAAGAACUGUGAGGUGGAGCAGGUGAAGGGGGUCACCUACUCGCUAGAGUCGUUCCUGGGCCCCCGCACUCCCGCAGAGGACCUGCCCUUCCCCCCAGCCAUGCGCCACAGCUCCUUCAGGAGCCAGCUGGUCACGCGUGAGGGGAACGAGCUCUACCACUGCGUCAUCUACCUGGCCCCCGGGGACUACCACUGCUUCCACUCCCCCACUGACUGGACCGUCGCCCACAGGCGCCACUUCCCAGGCUCCCUGAUGUCCGUGAACCCCGGCAUGGCCCGCUGGAUCAAGGAGCUCUUCUGCCACAAUGAGCGGGUGGUCCUGACUGGGGACUGGAAACACGGCUUCUUCUCGCUGACGGCCGUGGGGGCCACCAAUGUGGGCUCCAUCCGCAUCUACUUCGACCGGGACCUGCACACAAACAGCCCCCGGUACAGCAAAGGCUCCUACAACGACUUCAGCUUCGUGACGCACACCAACAAGGAGGGCGUUCCCAUGCGCAAGGGCGAGCACCUGGGCGAGUUCAACCUAGGCUCCACCAUUGUGCUCAUCUUCGAGGCCCCCAAGGACUUCAACUUCAGCCUGCAGGCAGGACAGAAGAUCCGAUUCGGGGAGGCUCUGGGCUCCCUCUGAGCCUCCUGCAUGGCUGCGGCUGCUGAGGGUCUUUUCAAGGGGACCUCUGAGGCUGUCUAGGGAGGGGACCGCAGGGUCUGACCAGGCAGGACCUGGGUGACUUCCGUCCCUGCUUCCAGGGUGCAGACAAAGUCGUCAGAGCCCAUCAUGCCCUACACCGCUGUCACCGCCCGCCCGCCCCCCCCACCCCCCCAAGAGAAAGCCUGGGCCAGGGUGAUGGAGUCCCUCUUGGAGACUUUUUAACGUCUCGGAAAAACUGGCUCUUUUACCUCCCGGCUGAGCGUUCGGUUGGUCCCAAUUUCCGUUCUGAGAUAAGCGGUAGUUAAGGUACCUUCUUGCUGCUCGUCUUGUCACUGCUUUCUGGCCUCCGCCUCUGCUUCCCCUGCACAGGGUGAGGUGCCUCCUGGCACUGACUGUGGGCCCCACACCGGGGCCGAUACUGCAGCUGCUUUCUGUCCCCGAGUUUGCUCCACCUUGCUUGUUGGGAAAGGCUGCCUUCUCUCUUUGCACUUGAGACUGAACACGUCACCUGCCAAGACUCUGCCAGCAGCUUCCAAGGGUGGCCUCUGGUGGCUCAGUGCUUGGCAGACCCUGGCGAGUGACCUUCUGGAGCUGGUAGGACCCAUAUCGACCCCCUGCAGUGGUGGCCCAGCUGGGACCAGGGUGAGCUUGUGUCCCCUCCCUACAUCCAGGCCUGUGUAAAUACGCAGAAGUUGCUGCUGUCGAUCAGGGGCUUACACUGGAAACAAACGAGCCUUGUUGAUGUCUUUGGUGUGUGACGGAGGGGGCUGUCAGUGCCUAGAAAACCUGUCCCCAAGUAACAGAUACUAACAGGUACGAGGUCCUGAGGGGGGCGGGGGGAGGGCCAAGUUUCAUGUUUCCUGGGGAUGCUGUGAAUUUCUCCUGCAGGAGAAGCCAUUUGAACUUUUUCAACUGUAUCAGUAGCACAGUAUUUUUGUAUGAAAAGUGGGAGACUUCUGAACAGUGAUUCAUUUAAUUGCAACAUUUUGAA